AUGAAAUAUAAACAAAAAGAUGAACAACAACAUGAAUUAAUGUUUAAUUUUGAUGAGGAUACAUCACACCCAAGGUCACGUGAUUCAACAAAAGUAUUACCUUGCUUGAAUAAAAGUGAAGUCACUUCACAAUUUCAAAAUUUGCACGACUCUCAUGAAGUCACUCCUUUAUUGUAUCCUUUUGACCCUAAUUCACCAAGAUGGAUAACACGUCAAUCUAACCCUCAUGAGUGGUAUUAUCACAAAAUAAGUAAUGCAACUGCAGAAGUAAUACUAUUGGAAAGGGAAAGAAAGAAUGGAAAUUUUAUUGUUCAUUCUAAUUCCAAUGGAGAAUAUUACUUGUUAGUGUGUUUUGAACAGAAGGCAAUUCACAUGAGGAUAUUCAAGGACAUGAAUGAAAAAUUCUUCCUGGAUGGUCUGUAUUGCAAUAAUAAAAAGAGUUUUGAUGGUCUUGAUGAACUUGUAAAUUAUUACAGAGAGAUACCUUUGGUUGUGGAAGACAAAUUGAUUGUACUGACUGAUUUAUAG